AUGGAGAACACAACCGUAUAUGGCGAAUGUAGAUGUUGCCUUGAAGCCGGUUACCAUCAAAACAUGUUAAAAGAAUAUAACUUUAAAAACGAGAGAGAAAAGUACAUUGAUAUGUUUCUAGACUGCUUCAAUUUGUAUCUUUCAACAAAUAAUGAUUUGAGUCACCUCAUUUGCUCAUCAUGUGUUGUGGAACUUCGGAGAGCAAAUAAAUUUAAAACUAUGGUUAUAAACAAUGAACAAAAAUUAAUAACAAUGAAAUCUAACAAGGAUAAUACAUUAUAUCUUCACUUACCAAGGAGUUUAGAAAUGGAGGUAGAUAUAAAAAUGGAGUCACAAGAAAUCAAGGCUGAACCAAUAACAGAUAAUGGAGACAUUUUAAACAAUAACGACUCAGAUUAUAGCAUUCACAAUGAAAAUGAUUUCGAUGAAACCAGCAAAGACAGUAUGAUAGAGGGCGAGACGGAUAUCAUAGCUCGAUUUCCGAAUGUGAUAAAACUACCCACACGGGACACCCUAUAUAACAAUGGUUGCGCAGGUUAUGUGAAACAGUUGGAUUUGAUUCGAGGUAAGAUCAUUCUACCAAAAAUGAUAGAGGACAUCUUGAAAGAAUCCGAGAGACACACAGGGAAGAAAAUAUACAUCACAGAGAAAAUCGCACAGAUUCUAAACACGUCGACCAUAUUGGAAAAUUCCAAUGUAACCCCCUUCAAAAGUCGAAACCGAUCCGGUUUCCCUUGCUUCUUCUGCAGGAGCAUUCAUGAAGACCUCCAAGGCUUACAAAAUCAUCAACGUAAACUACAUACAAAAACAGACAUCAAAAAGUCGCUCAGUACGUAUGGCGCUGAAUGUCUAGUCGUAUAUGUCGAUAUAACAGACCUAAAGUGUACUCAAUGCGAUCUGAAAAUACCAAAUUUGAACGAGCUAAAAACGCACCUAACGAGGGUACACAAGAAAAAGUUCCACCCGGAAAUAACGGAUCGCAUCAUACCGUUCAAACUGUCUCAGGACAACGAGAACAAGUACGAGUGUCAGAUUUGCGGCUUUACUUUCGAGACCUUCGGCUCCAUAGAGCGGCACAUGAACGUCCACUUCCGAAAUUACGUGUGCAAGGACUGCGGCACCGGCUUCGUCACCAAGUACCGGCUGAAGGUCCACACGAAGAGCAUGCACGUCGGCGGCACGUACCCAUGCGAAAUAUGCAAGAAGAUCUUUACGACGCAGCAGAAGCAUAAGAACCACGUUGACACCGUCCACAAGUUGGUCAAGAGGUUCAAAUGUCCGCACUGUCCGGAACGUUUCUCGGAAUACUUUAGACGCCAGAAGCACAUAGUUGAGAUACACGAUGGCACACCGUUGCAGUACAAAUGUAAUGUUUGCGAUAAGUCUUUCGACAGACGGUAUACCCUAUCCAGGCAUAUGAAACGGGACCACCUGGAGGAAAGGGAUUACCAGUGCCAGUUGUGCGCGUAUAAGUGUUUUACCAAGAACGAGUUGAGGGUUCACAUGGUGAAGCAUACUGGGGAGAGAAUCUUCGAAUGCUCGAUCUGUCAUAAGGCAUAUGCCAGGAAAAAGACGCUCAGGGAGCAUAUGCGGAUACACAACAACGAUAGGCGGUUCGCGUGCGCUGUAUGUGGUCAGGCGUUUGUGCAGAAGUGCAGUUUGAAAGGACAUGUCAAGACCCACCAUGCUGAUUAUCAUUUGCCUAUUUAA